GACGCGGUGAUUGGCGGAGACCCCGUGUGUGGCUCUGGGAGAGCGAGAGCGAGGCUGCAGCGGAGCGAGCCGCGAUAUAGGCACAGUCCGCGCCGGUCACCCGCCUAGAGACUCUCGUACCGUCAACCCCGCAGAGAAAUCAGCAUGGAUAAAAACGAGCUGGUGCAGAAGGCCAAACUGGCUGAGCAGGCUGAGAGAUAUGAUGACAUGGCAGCCUGCAUGAAGUCUGUGACUGAGCAAGGAGCAGAAUUGUCCAAUGAGGAGAGGAAUCUUCUCUCUGUCGCUUACAAAAAUGUUGUAGGAGCACGUAGGUCAUCUUGGAGGGUUGUCUCCAGUAUUGAACAAAAAACAGAAGGUGCUGAGAAAAAGCAGCAAAUGGCCCGAGAAUACAGAGAGAAAAUUGAGACUGAACUAAGGGACAUCUGCAAUGAUGUGUUGUCUCUGUUGGAAAAGUUCUUGAUUCCUAACGCUUCGCAAGCAGAAAGCAAAGUUUUCUAUUUGAAAAUGAAGGGCGACUACUACCGUUAUUUGGCUGAAGUUGCUGCUGGUGAUGACAAGAAAGGGAUAGUGGAGCAGUCGCAACAGGCAUAUCAGGAAGCUUUUGAAAUCAGCAAAAAAGAGAUGCAGCCAACACAUCCUAUCAGAUUAGGCCUGGCUCUAAACUUCUCCGUGUUCUAUUACGAGAUCCUGAAUUCUCCGGAGAAAGCCUGUUCCCUUGCAAAGACUGCUUUUGAUGAAGCCAUUGCUGAACUUGAUACGUUAAGCGAAGAGUCAUACAAAGACAGCACACUAAUAAUGCAGUUACUGAGAGACAAUUUGACAUUGUGGACAUCGGAUACCCAAGGAGACGAAGCUGAAGCAGGAGAAGGAGGGGAGAAUUAACCAGCCUUCCGAUUUUUGUCUGCCUCAUUCUAAAAUUUACACAGUAGACCAUUUGUCAUCCAUGCUGUCCCACAAAUAGUUUUUGUUUACGAUUUAUGACAGGUUUAUGUUACUUCUAUUUGGAUUUCUAUAUUUCCCAUGUGGUUUUAUGUUUAAUAUUAGGGGAAUAGAGCCAGUUAACAUUUGGGGAAUUUUUGUUCAUCCAAGGUGGCCAAUAUAGGGAUGUGGAAUUUUUAUAAAAGUUUUACAUGUUUGGCAUAGUACUCCUGGUACUUUGUGGCUUCCCACAAAAGCCAAUGUUAAACAGCUUCCUAUGUUGAGCAAAGAAAAAACUGCUUGCAUAUUGGUCUGUCACAGUGGUAAAAAAGGGAUGAUUGGUUGCAGCCACGCAGGUGUAGUGAAUGUGGGUACUUCAAAGGUGGAACACAUAGCAGAGGAAAAUCAAUGUCCCAUGGAUAUUACAUGUCAAUCAUGUUAAUCUGUGGAAUCUGCAGUCCAAGUAUACAACUUGGAUUGCAUCUUAAAAGUGUUCCUUAAGGUGGUUUGCUAACCCAAUGAACUUUCUUUAGGGAAGGGCAGAAACGGUUCACAUUCCAUUACUUGUAAAGUUACCUGCUGUUGCUUUCAUUAUUUUUGCUACACAAUUUAUUUGUAUUUAAAUGGUUUAGGCAACCUAAGAACAAAUGUACAAGUAAGGAUGCAGUAAAAAUGAAAUGCUUGAUAUCCAUAAUUACACUGUAUAUCGAGCACAGCAGUAAAACAAAAACCCAUGUAUUUAACUUUUUUAGGGUUUUGCUUUUGUGAUUUUUUUUGAUACUUUGCCUAACAUGCAUGUGCUGUAAAAAUAGUUAACAGGGAAAUAACUUGAGAUGAUGGCUAGCUUUGUUUAAUGUCUCCUGAAAAUUUUCAUGAACAAUCUAAGCAUAACUGUUAAGAACAUGUGUAUUAAGUUGAUGUAAGUGGAAUAAAAGUUUUAUGAAUGGA